AUGGAGGCGGAGGAAAACAAAGACGGUGAUGAGCUUCGUGCACCACCAUCGCCCGAUCUACUGGAUCCUCCAGCAUCAGAUGAGGAAGUCGGUCGUCCUCCACCACAUCUGCCCCAUCUCGAGUAUGAUGAAUUCUUAACGUUGUCUAAAGGUGAACCGUUGGAGGAGCCUGAGGAAUUCCUUGAUUACUUGCAUCCACCAUUUCGACUCGAGCCUUUCCCUCAACAGGAUGGCGAUCGCCUACUGCGAGAUCCACCUUACAGAAGAGUCAGAAUGGCGGAAGAAGACCCACUUCCCCUUCGGCCUGAACCACCACCUAACGUUAUCAAUGACGGAAGGCACGGACAGGAGGCUACCAGAAGAGAUCCAUCGCUACCCCAGCCCCCUCUUGAUGGCACGGUGGGGUUUGCUGCGGACGAAGACAUGGCAACGCUGGACGAUCUCCUUGCAAUCAUAGAACGGCAACCAGAACCACCUCCCGAUCCACCCGAUGACAUUUCAAGACGGAACGGAACUGAUGCUGCUAUUGCUCCGGCCAAUAGACGCCCACCGGAUCCUCCCCCUCACCACCAGCUCGUUCCUAGGAGAUUGGACGAGCCACAGAGGAACCACGCAACUCAUGCACAACAGGAAGAGACCGAGGUUCAUCGUAGCGAGCCAGACCAUUCAAACGUCGCAAGGUUGCCACCUGGUAGCUCCACACAGGUGGUAUCUCAUCAUCAGUGGGACCCGGGGUCUACCAAAAGGAGACUGUCCACGAGAAAGAGAGACCGGACACCUGCGACCAGCGGUGACCACAUCGACGAUGACCGCAAGCCCCCGUCGAGACGAGGAAACGGGCAAACAACAACAAAGUCAACACCACUCCCUCGAACACUUGCGGAAGAAUUGCAGUUGUUCGACCGCGAGCAAUCGACGAAGUGGACUAGCUCGUGUACUUACCGGUACAGAGAAUCAGCAGAUUCAAAGUUGCCGGCGAUGUCUUCUUCAACACAGAGUCAAGUCCCCCCGUCGGUGGCUGCGAUGGCUGCAAGGCAAGAGAACGAAGAAACUACCAAAUCGCACCCAGAGCGCGAUCUACACGAUUUAUCCUUGGGCGUCACAUUGGGCAUAUGUAGUCCAAUGGGACGCCCGAGGUCAUCCUGUAGAGACCGCGUUAGCGCGAACCAAGGGAAGCCCCAUGUGCAUUGGAAUAGUAAACGAAAAGGCACUCGGUAUAAGCGAAAGCUGCAAUUUGCAUGCUCUCAAACAACUUCUCAGCACUGGCAACGUCCGGGCUUCAGUGAGUCGCAACAUUUUAUUUACAAGGAUCAAAAGUAUACGAGAAAUCUUGAUAAAGAAAUUGUUAUUAAGCCUGAGACCAAUGCUCUGUUGGCUAAUGCCUCAUUCGAGCAAGAGCCAAUGCAACCUGAAGAGAAUGAGAAUAGCGAUUCUGCCCAAGACGACCAACUAGAACAAGACAAAGCAGAUACUUGCUAA